GAAAAGCCUUGCUAGGUACUGUGGCAUAAAAAGCUAAUUGCUCAAAUUUAAGUGUAUAUCCGGUUGGCAGAGUUGCAAAAUGUCCAACAAAGAAGUUAGAAAAGUCUCUCUUGAAGAUAUACAGCUGAUCAAGUGCUAAUAGAGGAUUAGGAUCAGCGAACAUCUAUCCGUUGGUUGAGAAUGAAGGAUCAAAUGACAAGAUGCUGUUGAUUUGUUGUUUUGAAGAGAAUCUAGGGUGGAGAGAAGUGGAGAUAGAUUUGAAUUUUGCAUGAUCUAUGCAUUUGGCCUCUUCGUGUUUUUGUUGUUAACGGAUUUUCAAGAAAGCCUAUGGUGUACUGAAAUUUACAAUGCUGGUAAAAUCAUUGAUGUGAGACGAGAUCAACCACUAUUUAACCAGGUUCAAAAUCUUAUUGAAAGGUGUCUUCAGCUCUACAUGAGCCCGAAGGAAGUUGUGAGCACCCUCUUACACCAUGCAAAAAUUGAGCCUGGUUUCACGGAGCUUGUGUGGCAAAAACUUGAAACUGAAAAUCAAAGAUUUUUCGAGGCAUAUUAUCCGAGGUUGUUAGUGAAGGAUCUGAUAUUGCGAUUCAAUCAGUUGCUUGAAAGACAGGUCGAGCUAAUGCGCCAAAUAUGUCCUCCUGGAGUUGCUUCCACUCCAAGGUCUAAUGGAUCUCAGUUUUACUCAAUGCAUAACAACUCGGCUUACCAUACUCCAGAACAUGCUGGAGCUUUAAAGCCAGAAAACCUGGACCAUGCUAUUAGUAUCAUACCUAGCGUUUACACUAACGGUGCAUCCUCCCGACAGCCAUCCAUACAAAUUCCUGUCGAUGUGGUAUCAGAUGACAUGCAAUUGGCUCAGAGUUCAAAUUCAGGAACAAUAAAGGGAAUAGAUGGUGGAAUAAUUAAAUCAGAAGAGGGCUAUACGGGUGAUUCUCCUUUCAUGUUUGGUGGAGACAGUGAUCUUCUGGAAACUCAUAAUGGAAUAGGGGAUGCACCUGUUUCGUCUUUCAGUUCCCUGGUGUCUAAUUCACAACCGUUGAAUGAGAAUAUCUUGGAAGGCGACACAAAUAUGUUCGGAUUCUUGGGGCAGAUUCCCCGAAACUUCAGUUUUUCUGACUUGACAGCUGACUUUUCCAAUAGUACUGAUAUAUUAGAGAGCUAUUCUAGAUCUCCGUUCCUUGGAAGUGAUACAAACUUCUUGGAACCCCAUAUUAAGGAAGAGCAGCAAGGCAUUAAUAAUUUGGACACCGUUUCAGAGUGCUUGAGUUACAAUGAUUUUGGCAGUGAUUGAUUGAAUAAUUUAGACAGUAAAUUAUCGUGUUAACUGUUAGAAUUGUUUCUUCCCUUUUCAUGCUAUUAUGUGUCUAUUCAGUUGUAACCUCUUUGGUUAACGUUACAGGGUCUAAAUUGUUACAUCCCUGUUAGUACUUAUACUUUCUUCGUCUCUUCCUCGGUAUUAUUGCCCAACGCAAUUUGCUUUCUACUUGAUUUGCAAGUCGAAUACAAUCGAUAUAAUUCUCUUUUGUCAUUUUAUUUGUGUUGCAGGUCCAUUUGCUUUAUAGGAUAGAAAUUUCUGAAGACAUGUUUAUAAAAUUAGUGAGGCUUCAGGAUUUUGAAUUCUUUGCCGUAGUCAUGAUAGACGAUAACCAUGUGUUACGAACAAUAUACAAGCAAAAGCUCUUUCUGGCCAAAGGAGGCGUAUUUUAGUAAUAUUACAGUUGACAGGCAUCUGGAUCACAUUUUGAUUGUAAUUUUUUUUUUCCCCUUCUUGAAUUGGUAUUAACUACCACAUUAUAGACUUGUUUUGUUCGAUAUCCAAUAAUUUCACAUUUCGGGUUGUGACUUGUUAUCGCUGAUCGUUAUGCGUUUCAAGAAUGUGAAUCGUUUGAAUACA